CUUUCUCUUUCUCUUCCUCCUCUCAUCCCCCUUCAUUACCACCCAACGUGAGUACUUUCUAUCCCACCACCACUCUAUCGAGCAUAGCGGGAGAGCAUGGAUGCGGAUGGCGACGGGGGCCGGGCGGGUCGUCACGUGUGCUCGGAGCCGUUGCCACCCGCUUUCUACCGCCUUCCACCCCCAUCCAACGUCUGCAUCUAGCCCCCCCGCACUUCCUCCUGCCAUCCAUUCGCCGCUCUGCCCCACUCGCCACCGGCUGGCAUUUGUAGUGAACCAUCGCUGACCAACUGCCUUCUACCGCCCCUUAUCAUCGUCCUAUCAACCCGCGAUCGUCACAUCCGCAUCCACCCUCUCAACCACACAGACCGCACAUCCAACCCGCAAUGCAGAUUUUCGUCAAGACCCUCACCGGCAAGACCAUCACCCUCGAAGUCGAGUCGUCGGACACGAUCGACAAUGUCAAGUCCAAGAUUCAGGACAAGGAGGGUAUCCCCCCUGACCAGCAGCGAUUGAUCUUCGCUGGUAAGCAGCUCGAAGAUGGCCGCACUCUCUCGGACUACAACAUCCAGAAGGAGUCUACGCUCCACUUGGUGCUCCGUCUCCGAGGUGGUAUGCAGAUCUUUGUCAAGACUUUGACCGGCAAGACCAUCACUCUGGAAGUGGAGUCUUCCGACACUAUCGACAAUGUAAAGAGCAAGAUCCAGGACAAGGAAGGUAUCCCUCCCGACCAGCAGCGAUUGAUCUUCGCUGGUAAGCAACUCGAGGACGGCCGAACCUUGUCCGACUACAACAUCCAGAAGGAAUCUACGCUCCACUUGGUGCUCCGUCUCCGUGGUGGUAUGCAGAUCUUUGUCAAGACUCUUACCGGCAAGACUAUCACUUUGGAAGUCGAGUCUUCCGACACCAUUGACAACGUCAAGUCAAAGAUCCAGGACAAGGAGGGUAUUCCUCCUGAUCAGCAACGUUUGAUUUUCGCCGGAAAGCAGCUCGAAGAUGGUCGCACUCUCUCCGACUACAACAUUCAAAAGGAGUCUACUCUUCAUUUGGUGCUCCGUCUCCGAGGUGGUAUGCAGAUCUUCGUCAAGACCUUGACGGGAAAGACCAUCACUCUCGAGGUUGAGUCUUCCGAUACCAUUGACAAUGUCAAGUCCAAGAUCCAGGACAAGGAAGGUAUUCCUCCUGAUCAGCAACGAUUGAUCUUCGCUGGUAAACAACUCGAAGAUGGCCGAACUCUCUCGGACUACAACAUCCAGAAGGAAUCCACCCUCCACUUGGUGCUCCGACUCCGUGGUGGUAUGCAGAUCUUUGUCAAGACUUUGACCGGAAAGACCAUCACUUUGGAAGUGGAGUCUUCCGACACCAUCGACAACGUGAAGAGCAAGAUUCAGGACAAGGAGGGUAUCCCCCCUGACCAGCAACGGUUGAUCUUUGCCGGAAAGCAGCUCGAAGAUGGCCGAACCCUUUCUGAUUACAACAUCCAGAAGGAGUCUACUCUCCACUUGGUGCUCCGUCUCCGUGGUGGUAUGCAGAUCUUCGUCAAGACAUUGACUGGAAAGACCAUCACUCUUGAAGUCGAAUCCUCCGACACCAUUGACAACGUCAAGUCAAAGAUUCAGGACAAGGAGGGCAUUCCCCCCGAUCAGCAGCGAUUGAUCUUCGCUGGUAAGCAGCUUGAAGAUGGCCGAACCCUCUCGGACUACAACAUCCAAAAGGAAUCCACCCUCCAUUUGGUGCUCCGUCUCCGAGGUGGUAUGCAGAUCUUCGUCAAGACCCUUACCGGCAAGACCGUCACCCUCGAGGUCGAGUCUUCCGACACCAUUGACAAUGUCAAGAGCAAGAUCCAGGAUAAGGAGGGUAUCCCCCCUGACCAGCAGCGAUUGAUCUUUGCCGGCAAGCAGCUCGAAGAUGGCCGUACUCUUUCCGAUUACAACAUCCAAAAAGAGUCUACCCUCCACCUGGUUUUGCGUCUUCGUGGUGGCCAAUAG